AUGUCACAAACGAAGCACAUCGUCUUCGAUAUAGUCGGCACGCUUGUGUCGCACGAGCACUUCUACACCGUCAUCGACCAACGCCUUGGGUCCAAACUCCAGCCCCACAAUAUCUCCGCACGUCUCCUUGGUUACGCAUGGCUUGAAACGGCAGAGCGUGAAUAUACAUACCUCUCGCUUUCGGGCUCUUACGUCCCAUUUGCCAAAGUUUUCGAAUCCAUCUUUUUCCGCGUCUUGCAUUUCGCCGGAGUAGCAGAACCGCGUAGUGUGGCGAGCGAAGAAGAUGUGACGUACUUUAUGCAAGAGUACAAGAAAUGUGAAGUUCGGCCUGGUGCAAAGGAGUGUGUGGACAGAAUAAAGGAGGCUGGUUGGACGGUCUGGGCAUUCACUAGCGGCGAUCGCGAAAGAGUGCUGGGAUACUUCGAGAAAGGCAACAUCAACAUCGACGGUGAUCAUGUUGUUACAUGUGACGAGAUUGGUGUAGGGAAGCCAGAAGUCCAGGCAUACGAAAAGCUAAGAGGAAAGAUUCGUGUUGAGAAUACAGCUGGGGAGCUUUGGUUUGCCGCUGCACAUGGCUGGGACGUCAGCGCAGCGGGAAGGGCUGGAUUCAAGACGGCAUAUUGCCUGGUGUUGGAAAAGGAGGCAUUAGAAGAUGUCUUCGGCAAGAUGGACAUCGUUGCUGACACAUUGCCUGCACUUGCAGAAAAGGUGACAUUACAGUAA